UCCCUCCACUCCCAUUGCUCCGUGGCUGGGGGGUGUGUGCAUGCGAUGGUGUUUUCUGCUGGCUGAUGGACUUUUCCAUAGCUCGUGCUUCAGUACCUGGAUGUGGUCGCAGUGGGAUGAUCGGCUUGGCUUGCAGAGCAUUUACUUCUAAUCUCCGGCUUGUGACAUCCUAGCAGAAAGGGGCAAGCCUUUCAGGAGCAGCUCCACGGGCUAGAAAAAGGGGGAAAAUGGCUGGUGAAUGGCUGUGAUGAGAUAUUUCCUAGUUCUGUCUCCUACAGCAAGUAAAGCACAGUGAUUUCUAGCACCCUUUGAAGUACAGACACUGCUCCUCAGCAUCCCAGAGCUCAGGGGUGAAUAGACCAGCAGCAUGAGCCAAUGUUGCUGGACAUGACCUUCAGCACCACAAUGAAUCAGGAAAAACCUGUCAAAUCGUCCUAGCUCCCCGGCUGUGCAAUUUGCUGUUCCCUCGCCGUUCCCCAGACAGCAGCUUUUCUCACCCAAAGCACAGAAGCCAGCAAGUCACAAAUGACAGCUGAAAAGUGAAGCAUUACCAAAAGCUGCAUGAGACUCUGUCAAAGAGAACCUUUAUAUAUAAUUCUCCUUCUGAGCCUGGGAAGCUUUGCAUCCCAUCAGUUCCAGAGAACGGAGAGAAGAUAUGUUCAAGUAACCAACACCAGAAAUUGUGCAAAUCCAUACACGUUUUAGCAUAUCUACACAGUGACCUACAGCAUUUAGAAUUCUCCAUUCAGAAUGGAUGAUGGAUAUAGAAACACAAACCAGGUCUCAGAUGACUACAGGUACCAGGAUGGCAACUAUGAUGCACACAAUGAUGGCUACUACCGGGGCAGGGAUGAGCCCGUGCAGGAAGAGGAUGCCCAGAGUGAUGUUACAGAAGGCCACGAUGAGGAUGAUGAGGUCUAUGAGGGGGAGUACCAAGGGAUCCCACACCCAGAUGACAUUAAAGAAAAGCAGAAGAAGCGAGCCCCUGCUGUGGAUGAUGAGUACAGAGACCGUGCUGACCUUAUGGCCGAGAGGAUGGAGGACGAGGAGCAACUCGCCCACCAGUACGAGAACAUCAUUGAGGAGUGUGGCCACGGACGCUUCCAGUGGACUCUCUUCUUUGUUUUAGGGUUGGCACUGAUGGCAGAUGGGGUGGAGGUGUUUGUGGUUGGAUUUGUUCUUCCCAGUGCUGAGAAGGAUAUGUGCUUGUCCAGUUCCAACAAAGGGAUGUUGGGCUUGAUAGUCUACUUAGGAAUGAUGGUGGGGGCUGUCUUGCUGGGCGGCCUUGCUGAUAAACUGGGAAGAAAGCAAUGCCUCAUCAUAUCACUUGCAAUCAAUGCUGCCUUUGCGUUCCUCUCCUCCUUCGUCCAGGGAUACGGAUUCUUCCUCUUCUGCCGCCUUAUCUCAGGCCUCGGUAUUGGAGGCACGCUCCCCAUCGUGUUUGCCUAUUUCUCUGAAUUUCUGUCUCGUGAGAAGAGGGGGGAACACCUGAGCUGGCUUUGCAUGUUCUGGAUGAUUGGUGGCAUUUAUGCUUCAGCAAUGGCUUGGAGCAUCAUCCCACAUUACGGCUGGGGGUUCAGUAUGGGAACCAAGUACCACUUCCACAGCUGGAGAGUCUUUGUACUCGUGUGUGCUCUGCCCUGCAUCGCCUCCCUGGUGGCACUGAAAUUCAUGCCUGAAAGCCCACGGUUUUUGCUGGAGAUUGGUAAACAUGAUGAAGCCUGGAUGAUCCUCAAGCAAGUUCAUGACACCAACAUGAGGGCCAAGGGUGAGCCAGAGAGGGUUUUUACGGUUUCCUAUAUCAAAACUCCAAAGCAAGUAGAUGAAUUUAUUGAAAUCCAGAGCUCAACAGGGACCUGGUACCAGCGGUGGCUGGUCAGAAUCACGACUACUUUAAAACAGGUCUGGGACAAUGUGCUAUACUGUUUAACAGCCCAGUACAGGAUGAACACACUGAUGCUGGCUGUGGUUUGGUUUACAAUGGCCUUAAGUUACUAUGGCCUUAUUGUCUGGUUCCCUGACAUGAUCCGGUAUCUCCAAGACGAGGCAUAUGAAUCACGAGUGAAGAUCUUUGAUGAGGAAGAAGUGUCCCAUUUCACCUUUAAUUUCACCCUGGAAAACCAGAUCCAUAGAAAUGGGGAAUACAGGAACGACAAAUUUAUUGGCAUGAAAUUCAAGGAAGUGAGAUUUGAGGAUUCAUUAUUUGAGGAUUGCUACUUUGAAGAUGUGAGAUCCAGUGAGACCUUCUUUGAAAACUGCACCGUCAUCUCUACUGUCUUUUAUAACACUGAUCUCUACGAACACAAAUUCAUCAACUGCAGGCUCAUCAACAGCACAUUCAUGAAGGAGAAGGAAGGCUGCCACAUUGACUUUGAGGAGGACAAUGAUUUUCUCAUCUACCUGGUCAGCUUCCUGGGCAGCCUGUCCGUGCUGCCAGGCAACAUCAUCUCUGCAUUGCUCAUGGACAAAAUCGGGAGGAUAAAGAUGAUCGGCGGCUCGAUGCUGAUCUCCGCCGUGUGCUGCUUCUUCCUGUUCUUCGGGAACAGCGAGUCGGCGAUGAUCGGCUGGCAGUGCCUCUUCUGCGGGGCCAGCAUCGCCGCCUGGAACGCCCUGGAUGUCAUCACCGUGGAGCUCUACCCCACAGACAAAAGGGCAACAGCCUUUGGCAUCCUCAAUGGGCUUUGCAAGUUUGGUGCCAUUCUGGGGAACUCCAUCUUUUCCUCCUUUGUAGGGAUAACCAAGGUGGUUCCCAUCCUUCUGGCCUCCUCCGCUCUGGUUGGAGGUGGCCUGCUCGCUUUGCGCCUGCCAGAGACUCGAGAACAAGUCCUGAUGUGAGCAACACAGGCCAGGGGGCUUGGGGUGGGGGGCAGAUGUAGAAGAAGAACAAAAAAGAGCCAUGUCUGAAACACCCAAAUGUUCAUUCUAUACUGUUCUGUCGACACCUCAAAGAGAGACGGCAGAGGAAAAGAAGAACCUGCAGGGUUAUAAACAAAACCACCGUGUCUGACCCUUUUACAACCACGACUGGUGCAUGCAGCCCCCACACACCUCUUGCAGAGCUUGGGUUCCACCCUGCCUACGCUGGGAGCCCCCAUCCCUGUCCAUCCCACUGCAAGGACACCAGAUGCAGGCAGUGGCUCUGUGCACGUGUGUGCCCACGUGGCUGUGACACGGGGGGACAGACCCUGAGCCCUCCUGCCUUUGCCCAGCUGGGAGACCCUGCCCUUCCUGCCCAGCACUCCUUGGCCAUCCACAUCAGCUGUGCUCAGACACGCAGAGCACCCAGGGGGAGGCAGGUAACAAACCAGCUGUAAGUGAGCUCCAGCAAUAGGGGUGAGAGUUGCAGAUGUGGCCAGCGGCCUCAGCUGUCUUUUUCGGAUUACCACUCCAACCUCCUGGAAGAGUGAGAGUCCUGAUUUCUCGAGGAUUUGAGGGUGGGUGCUCAGCUCUCUGAGAAGACUCAGAGCUUCAAACCCUUUACUGUCUUCAUUUGGGCACAGGGAAUCACUAGGCACCUUCUUGCUGUGGAAGAGAAAUAUCUAAAUAAUUAUAUAUAUAUGUAUAUGUAUUUACUCCUACUUGCAAACGUACAUAAACCCAUUGAAGUGAUCAGCUAUUAAAAUUUAGGAUUUUUAAUUACUGCACCCUUAAGAGGAUUUUAAGAGUGACACUUAAAACAAAUCCCACUAGUUCAAGAUUAUCAGGAGUAAUGACCAACUUAGUGACACUUUACAUCAAGAUACCAAAUAUUUAAAUGUGUUAGUGGCUGGGAAUAUAUAUUUCUAUAAUGAUUAAGAGGGAUUUUUUCCUACAACUUUCACAGAUGAGAAAUUGAUAUGAUAUUGGAGCAUUCCACAAACCAAAUGUGUACAUACUAUCCAGUGUAAAUAGGGGAUUUUUCCUAAUACCUAGAGUAUGGUAGCUGUGAAUUUACCAGCAUUUUAGCCAUAUUAUUUGAAGAAUAUGAUGCUUGAUUUUCUAAUAUACUUGGGUCUCAUUGAAACACUGUAAGCACAGUUACUUAAAGCCAUUUAACUUGUUACACAGGGAAUGCACACAGCAAGCUUUCACUGUACAGAACAUUAAAUUCCCCAUUAAGUGGCACAGUUUAGUUUGAUAUCCUGUGGAGAAUAUUUCUGAAAUUUGUGUGCUCUUUUUAUCAUACGAGUUAAGUCCUGUUGCACCUAGAGGCAAAGUGAGUUGUGUAUUUUGGGGUGUGUUUUCUCGGGAAACCAGAAUGAAAAGCAACCUGUUCAAUAACACACCAGUGCUCACAAUGGAUGUGAUAACACUAAUUAUAUCCUUUCAACAAGCUCAGCAAUAGACCAGAAUUGAUCUGAAACCAUCACACAGUACAGGGAAUUUGUCAAAACAGGAUAUUUUGUGACAUAAAAGGUUAUUUUGUAUUUUUGCUGACGAUCUUCUCAUUUACCUUUUGUUGUAUCUUCUUUCUUGGUUUUGAUUUUUGCUUUUUCGGUGUUUUUUUGGUUUUUUUGUUUGUUUUUUUAAGAAAACCAAAUAAGGCUAGGCUGAAAUCCUGCAGGACUGAUGUCUCACACCUCUGCCUUGGCUGCACAGGGACAGUCCCUUGUGCUCAGGCUGGCUGGCACCAGGGCCAGCCCAGGCUGCAGCUGUGGGAGUCAGCGUGGUGCUGCUGCAGGGGCAGCUGAAGGACACACAGCAGGGUUAGAUCACAAGCAGCAAAUCUUUGCCAGUGAGGCAAAAGCCUCUAAUGAGCAUCACUUUUAUCAUUGUGUCAAUCAUGGAUAAACACUCAUGGAUCAGCUAGGCUACAACGGACUCUUUGGGAUUUUUUACCUUUAUUCUGAGGUUUAUGAAAUUGUUAAAGUCACAAGCUGCUGUAAAUCGAGCUUAUUAUAUCUCAUUUCUUCAUUUUAUGGGUAUCUUAGGGCUUUUUUUCUAUUAUUAAUUUGAUUUAUUUGUCUUCAAAACAGCAAGGUUCCUUCUCUAAGGUAGGGGUGAAUGUAAUUAUGUCCUUUGGCAGCAGUUCACAGCUUCCGUUCAGAAUCACAGCCCAGAAUGUGGUUUUUUUUCUCUAAGAAUAUCUGGUCCCUUUGCAUGAUGAGGAGCAGUUUAAAUAUGUAUUUUAGCACAAAAGAUCACCAUGACCUUUAGGUUUCAUUCAUUCUGUUGGGCUGUUUGCCAAUUACCACAUUGCCACUGGGCAGGGAGGCGAAAUUUUGUUUCAUUUUCUGGACUAUUCACUUGUGCUGCUCUGAGGAGCCAGAACCUAUUUGUUUGAAUAUUUAUUUUGCAUAGCAUUCUUAUUUACAUAUCACCCAGUGCUCACAGCAAACCUGGCUAUUUGUGCUCUCCAUUGACAUUUUGCAAUGACAUUAAUGACAUUUAUUUUGCAAAACUUCCCUGUUAAUUUUCAGAGAAGGAAGAAACUGAACUCUCGAGGAGAUAGAAAUGGCAAUGUAAUAUUAGGAAGUAUUAUCCAAUCUUAGAAACCUUUCUUCCUUACAGAACAGCUCGUUCACAGGCUGCUAAACCUCACCUCACAGAAUAGCUGGGACAAGAUAAAGAGCAAUAGGAUCUCAUUGUUAAUGUCACCUGGAAAUUCUUUUCACCCCUAAAUCCAUGGGUCAGUCACUUGAGAGCUAAGGGAUAUUGCACAUUUUGGGACAAGGCUCCUUCCCCUGGCUUGACCAGAGAGUUUGUGACCUAACAGGAGAGAGCAAACAUACCACACCUGGCAUAUGAGAGCCUGAGAUAAAGGGCAGCAAUGAGCAGAGAAGGAAGAAAGGAAAAGUUAUGGAGAGCUCACAUCACCUAGCUGAGAUGCCUAGGACUGGAUUGAAUGGAUUCCCAUUAUUCUCAGCUGAAAGGUAGAGGCAAUGCAUAGGACCUGUGCUGAGCUGAAGAUGACUUGCCCUGGAUAGCCCUGCUUCUUCAGGGACAGAGAGAUCCAGGGCAACAGCUCCAGCUCAGGCACUGCCUUUGUGACACCUGGGCUGAUGUUUCCCACCCGGUUCAGUGGGGACAGGCUUAGUCAAUAUUCCCAAUGUGUUUGUUUGCUGUCCUUGCCGUGGUGUAAAUCAGCGUAGGUGUCACACUGCUGCUCUCCAGAGCAAAACAGCUGCUGGGUGCAGACCCCUCUGCAUUGGCUGUGGCUUGAUUUGGGCUCAGCUUCAAGCCUUGGCCACCUGUUAGGUUGAGCCUCAGCCACAGAUCCUUGAGCCCCAAUCAGGGGAAGAUUUCUCUGAUAGCUCAGCUUAAUUUCUGCUGUAAAAGCAGCAUUGCCCCCGCUGUGCAAGGCCCAGCAUUUCUCCUCCCUCACUUCCCCUGCCCACAUCUGCCACAGUGAACUGUCUCUGUCUUGGAUGCACUGGACCAUCCACGGAGAAAACUGCUGACCAUAGGUCCCCUGAUGAUCUCUGCACAGCACUAUUUCCACGGAUUCAUGAACUUCACUGCAACAGGGACACAGACAAGACAGGGGACUUGCCUUAAAUCCCAAAGAUCUCUUCUAGAGGACAGCUGGAUCCCCUCACGCAUGUGUGGCACACCAGUGCAGCCACUUAGCCAGAGACAUUGUGGCAUGGGAAAGGUGGGGCUAGGGAACCCAAACUGGCCUGCUGUGACUUUGUGUCUUUGGCUCUACAGCACUGUAAUGGGGGGAGUCCACUGCUGAAUUUCUGAGCAUGCAGACACAGACAUUUAUAGGAACACCAAGCGCUGUUGAUACAAUUAUUAAAGACCAGUGGUAUUACAGUAAGAGUUCUGCCUCCUUAUAUUCCCUGUUAAAUCAACAGGUUGUUGUAAAGUGAUUUAUUUACUCCAGUUGUGCAGGACAGCUCCUGUUACUGCCUUUGGCUCUGCUAUGUCUUAGUGGUGGUGGCUGCAGCUUGUGCUGCGUGGGGUAAUCCCCUCCUCGCCCAUAGGAACAUCGCUCUUUGAAAUUCCUUGAAAUGCUAUGGGACUUACAAAUGGUGGGAUAUGGAUCUUUUGGACUAUGAACAGGGUCAGUCUUGGAAAACCCACAUCCAGUGUCAGAGGUUCUGCACACUGGGCAGUGCUCAGGCAUCCUGAUGUCCUUCAGUGAUACUGGAGAGGCACUGAGGGAUGUUCCCUGAGCCUGGGAAUGCUCCAGCCCCAAGGCUGGGUCCACACAUGGGCAUAGAGCAGGACUGCAUGGAGCUGAGCUUUCUGCAGAUGUCCAGGUCCCUUCCAGGUCCUGCUUUGAGACCUCCAACAGCAGAGUACACGCUGAUGCUCUUAAGGAGGCCCUAGGUCCAUUUAUACUCCCUGCUUUCGUCCUUUGACUUUCCAAAGGACACACAAAACCUGAGAGAGUAUUUCUAGGUUUAUGUAGAUUUGAACCCUAUGCAUUUUAUUUUGCAUUAAGUUUCUCCCUCAGUUUCUCACCAUUAUAUUAGCAAAUGCUGCUUUUAGGAAGAAUCAAGCCUGGGAACUGUGAAGGAAACAAAAUGAAAUAAAUUUCUUUGCUGUUUGUGAUGCUAGUGCUGUAUAAAUGUACACACCCUGCAAGUCCCACUGUAAAUAACACCUGGUGUCGUGCUUUAAUGGAAAGUUUCAUUUAGAUGUUCUGUCGACUCUGUGUGUGAAAUAGCCAAUUCCAGUCCCUUGGUUCCUUUUCUUCAUUUAAAACCUUCUUUUUUUUAUUAUUUGAUCUGUGUCUGGUCGUGACUGGAAAUUGCAGCUGUUCCAAUGGACUUUGUUCUCUCUGUUACAUUAAAAGGCAGGAAGAAAAAGAA